CACCGUGGCUUUAGGCUGUGUCUGGUGAGAUGCCAACCAGACAGGCUGCUUCCGGGUGAGAUAUCGCAGGACAAGCCGAGUGCUAAUGGCUUAUCUAAUUACCAUGCUUGCAGUAAGCUGUUGAACGGUAAAUCCCACUGUCGGUAUGACUCUACAUCUGCGAGACGGAGCGUCACACUCCUUUAAGCCUCCCACUGCAAUCCAUUCCUCAUCUGGAAGCUAUGUUUACACUUUCCUCAAUAGCUCUGCAGAUCAAGGCAGUUCCUCAGAAGAAGAGUUUGAUGUUAUGGAAUUACGAGCACGGGGCGGGCAGCGUAAAAAUACAGCUCGAGAGAAAGUCAAGGAUGUGACCUUUUUGGAGCGUGCCGUCACAAAAGAUGACACUCUAAACAAGCUGGCUUUGCAAUAUGCCUGCAAGGUUGCAGAUAUAAAACGAGUCAACAACUUAAUCUUGGAGCAGGACAUGUAUGCUUUAAAGACUAUCAAGAUCCCAGUCAAGGUUAAUGGGAUCUUAACAGAAUUACAGAAAGAGCUGAACCCACAACAGAGAAUGCCUUCUAAUUUGGAGGCCAGUGGUGUUGAGUUGACUGAGGAAAUGUCUGUGGAUGUAACGGAAAGCAGAAACCUAAGCAAAUACUUUGAGGAGAUUGAUGCGAACAUCGAGGCUGCAGCACUGGUACAGGAUCUGAGCAAUGAGCCUCUAAUCCCCGAUUCCCAACAUUCUUCAUCGUAUUUGUUGACGAGGAACGACCAGCCCAGUAUUAGAGGAGAUUGGGGCAUCAGGUGGAACGCUAUUUUAUUCAUGCUUUUAAUUGUAGUUGUGCUGCCAGUAUUUUACUUAAUCUACAAAAUGCGAGAACAUGCAUAUACAAAUUCUACCCGUUCCAGCUAGUCUUGGUGCACACACAGACCUGAGAAAUAAGAGCAAAUGUUUGCACUAAUAAGCACAGAGUUGUGCUGGACACAUCAAGGAUACUGGAGGGUGAUGACCAUAAGCAUUUGCUCCAUUGAGCAGCUGUACUCCUGUUGUCCAUCAAUCAGUCACUUUACAUCUUCUAGGUGCCAACUAAGGGCCUGUGCCUUGUCUAAGCAUUGCAGUUUUCUUAGUGUAAUUAGUCUGAUUUGUGGUUAAUGGCUUUGUCACCAAGGAAUACUGCUAAAACCUACCUCCCAUUAAUGGUGUACUCUUAAAUAUAUGGAAGCAAACUAUGGUUAUUUUUGGAAUACUGAUUUUGUGAUGUAAAUGGAAUGAUGCAUAUGUCUGUGCAGUGACAUCUUAUUGCAAAUCAUGUGCAUCUGUUCUCGUACUAUUUAAAUGUUCUAGAAUGGUGGUGGGCACAUUUGGGAGCAAAGAUGAACCCCACACAUUUCAUGCCAAUAUUCACAUAACCCUUUAUAAAUCUGUUGAAGGGGUUUAUAUAGGCAAAAUGAUUGGCAUCAUGGGUGACAAAUGUAUAUGAAACAUGUUGUCAGCCUCUUGCUGAAUCCAUUUUAAUCCGUAUAGAAAUCAGUAUGCUGCCCAAGAUUUUAUUCAAUUUGCACAUUGUCUGCUGAUCAGCCACUGAUCUUUUCACUGAAUACGUGUUAAUGAAGGGCAGUCAGGUGAUGUUCUUUGAGAACUUGUUUUUAUACAGCUACCCUGUCUUAUUACCUGCAAGUUAUCCAUUGGUUUAUAUAUAUCUUUUACACUAAAUUCAAAAGGUGAGUUCAUUUCUGUAAUUUGUCAGUUUUCUUUUCUUCUUCUUGGCAUUUAACCAGUUUCAGGCAGGGACACUCUCUGCCAACUGCCAAAUAGAUGGCUGUACUCUCCAUCCAAAGGUCCCUCUUGGAAACAAAUAACUAUUUAAGGCUCAAAGAUGUCUUAAUUCAAUGAUAAAAUGACUGUGUGAGAUAUCAAUGAGCUAAUCAAUGCCAUGUGUGGGUUUAUAUGUGUGGGUUUAUAUUUGCUAAUCGGCUAAUGAUUUUCGAAAAAAAAUGUUUUCAAUAUUUUAUAAUCCAUGGAAGAUACGAAACAGGGUCCUACACUCUUUUUUUGGCUGGAUUGCCAAAACAUUUUAUAGUAGCAAAUUCUGAGGUCAUACUAACUGUGGUAACGCAACCAAUCUUUCGCAGUCCAAGAAGUGGUGUCUUAUGCAGAUUUUUAUUUAGGGCAAUAAGUGUUUUUUUUCUU